GGUGCCUCAACACUUUUAACCUUUCACACUAGACUUUCUAAUUCUUUAAUCUUGAGGCCAUGUCUCUGAGCAAUAACAUUACAGCUUUCUUGAAUUUUGUGGCAUUCAUGUGCUCCAUCCCUAUAAUCGCAGCGGGUACGUGGCUGGCCUCGAAGCCCGACAACGAGUGUAUCCACUGGCUCCGGUGGCCGGUUGUCUUCAUGGGUCUCGCCGUUAUGCUUGUCUCCUUAGCUGGCUUCGUCGGUGCUUAUUGGAAAAAAGAAGGACUAUUGGGUAUCUAUUUGGUCUGUAUGGCCAUUCUCAUCAUCCUCCUGCUCGUGCUCCUCGUUCUUGCUUUUGUUGUCACGCGCCCCAACGGCGCGUAUACCGUCCCCGGUAGGGGUUAUAGUGAGUACAGGCUUGCAGGUUUCUCGUCCUGGCUGAGGAAUCAUAUUACCGAUGCUGAUAGUUGGGGGAACAUAAGGGCGUGUUUGGCUGUUUCUGAUAUUUGUCCUAAGCUUAAUAGUGAGUUUAUUACUGCUGAUCACUUCUUCGCCGCUCAUCUAUCACCUAUCCAGUCAGGAUGUUGUAAACCUCCAACAAUUUGUGGUUACCAGUAUGUGAACCCGACCGUGUGGAAUAAUCCAACAAACACAAUAGCAGAUGCAGAUUGCUCCAUCUGGAACAAUAACCCAAAUCAGUUGUGCUACAACUGUGAUGCGUGCAAAGCUGGUUUGUUGGGUAAUCUCAGAAAAGAAUGGAGGAAAGCAAAUCUCAUUCUCAUCAUAACUGUGGUACUUCUUAUUUGGGUAUAUCUCAUUGCUUGCAGUGCUUACAGAAAUGCCCAAACCGAACAACUUUUCCAACGCUACAAACAGGGUUGGGCUUGAUUUCUAUUCAUCCCCCUUUUCAGUUCUCAAAACGGUAGUAGUGAUGCAGUUGGUGCUACUUUUUAUAUUUCAUUUGCACAUAUUCUUUUUAGUUUGUACUAUCUUGUCUUAAUUAAGUCAUAUGUGGCAUUGUGGAAAA